UUGUGUCGUCACUCGGCCUCUUGUGAAAUAGAACCCAGACUACGCUUCCCCUUAGCUUGCCUGUUGGCGGGUGUUUGCGUUGAAACUAUACCGAAAGCCUGACCUUAAAGGGGAGGGAGCAGAGGGGAACCCGGGCCCUUUAAAGCGAGGCCAGCUGGUGCCUGCCCCUUUAAGGGCGGGGCGCUCAGACGACAGAAUCUGAGCCCCAGAUUACCCCGAGUUUCCGUCACAGGCUGCAAGGUAAGGCUCCUUCGCUGGGUCCGGGUGCUUGGCGGCGGCGGUUUCAUCGCCGCUGGUCCUCCCCGGGCCCAGAGACACCCCAGCCCCAGUCAUGCUGAGCAGAGUAUGGAAGGAGCUGACUAUGAAGUGCUAUCCGUGCGAGAGCAGCUAUUCCACGAGCGGGUCCGCGAGUGCAUUAUCUCAACACUGCUGUUUGCGACUCUCUACAUCUUCUGCCACAUCGCCUUGACCCGCUUCAAGAAGCCUGCUGAGUUUACCACAGUAGAUGAAGAAGAUGCCACAGUCAACAAGAUUGCGCUCGAGCUGUGCACCUUCACCCUGGCAGUCGCCCUGGGCGCUGUCCUGCUCCUGCCCUUCUCUAUCAUCGGCAACGAGGUGCUGCUUUCACUGCCUCGGAACUACUAUAUCCAGUGGCUCAAUGGUUCCCUCAUCCACGGCCUCUGGAACCUUGUUUUUCUCUUCUCCAACUUGUCCCUCAUCUUCCUCAUGCCCUUUGCAUACUUCUUCACUGAGUCUGAGGGCUUUGCUGGCUCCAGAAAGGGCGUCCUGGCCCGGGUCUAUGAGACGGUGGUGAUGCUGAUGCUCCUCACUCUGCUGGUCCUGGGCAUGGUGUGGGUAGCCUCUGCCAUUGUGGAUAACAACAAGGCCAGCAGGGAGUCCCUCUAUGACUUCUGGGAGUACUACCUCCCCUACCUCUACUCCUGCAUCUCCUUCCUUGGGGUCCUGCUGCUCCUGGUGUGUACCCCACUCGGCCUCGCCCGCAUGUUCUCGGUCACUGGGAAGCUGCUGGUCAAGCCCCGGCUCCUGGAGGACCUGGAGGAGCAGCUGCACUGCUCAGCCUUUGAGGAAGCAGCUUUGACCCGCAGGAUUUGUAAUCCCACCUCCUGCUGGCUGCCCUUGGACAUGGAACUGCUGCACAGACAGGUUCUGGCUCUGCAGACACAGAGGGUCCUGCUGGAGAAGCGGCGGAAGGCUUCAGCCUGGCAGCGCAACCUGGGCUACCCUCUGGCCAUGCUGUGCUUGCUGGUGCUGACGGGCCUAUCUGUGCUCACUGUGGCCAUCCACAUCCUGGAGCUGCUCAUUGACGAGGCUGCCAUGCCCCGGGGCAUGCAGGGUGCCUCCCUGGGCCAGGUCUCCUUCUCCAAGCUGGGCUCCUUUGGUGCGGUCAUUCAGGUCGUCCUUAUCUUUUACCUGAUGGUCUCCUCGGUCGUGGGCUUCUACAGCUCUCCACUGUUCCGGGGACUGCGGCCCAGAUGGCAUGACACGGCCAUGACUCAGAUAAUUGGGAACUGUGUCUGUCUCCUGGUUCUAAGCUCAGCACUUCCUGUCUUCUCUCGAACCCUGGGGCUCACUCGCUUUGACCUGCUGGGUGACUUUGGACGCUUCAACUGGCUGGGCAAUUUCUACAUCGUGUUCCUCUACAAUGCAGCCUUUGCGGGCCUCACCACUCUCUGUCUGGUGAAGACCUUCACGGCAGCUGUGCGGGCAGAGCUGAUCCGGGCCUUUGGGCUGGACAGACUACCGUUGCCUGUCUCUGGUUUCCCCCGGGCGUCUAAGAAGACCCAGCACCCGUGACCUCCAGCUGGGGGUGGGAGGGAGAAACCUGGACACUGCCAUCUGCUGCCUAGGCCUGGAGAGGCGCCCAGGGGUGGGUGGCCCUCAGGACCUGGAAUCUGAGAGGGUGGGUGGCAGAGAGGAGCUGAGCCUUCUGCACUGCUGCGUAAUCUGAGCCAGAGUUUGGGACCAGGCCCCCUUGCUUCUCUAGGUUUAACUGUGGGCCCCAGCAUGGGGUGGGGCUGGGGACUGGGUCUGGCUCCUGGUCUCAAAUCUGUUUACACAUCAAUCUGCCUCACUGCUGUUCAGGGCCAUGCCCGUAGCCAUGUUUACAUGACUUGAUGUGCAAUAGGGUGGGGUGGGGGCAAGGGAGGGUCAGAGCCAGUGGCCAACUUGGGAGGCAGAGUGUCUUCCCUUGCCUUUGGCCCAGCAGAGCCUAAGAGCACUGUGCUAUCCUGGAGGGGCUGUGGACCGCCGGAGAGACGAGGGCAUAGGGAGGAAGAGGCCACAACCAUCAGCAAUAAAGUUGAUACCAGGGUUUUCUUUGGUUUUUUUAAA